AGAUGUUGGUUUGUCCAAGAGCUACAGAUAAACCAGGAGAUAAAAAGACUCUGCUCUUCUGCCUGAGAAUUCUGCUCAAGCACCCAGGCCCUACAGCCUGGACGCCCUGGGGAAGCCCGCUCUGUCCCUAGAGAGUAAAGACCCCCUCCAUGGAAGCUUCUUGUCCACUUUCUUUAGAUUCCUCGCGGUUUUCCGACCCAGGGAUGGCGGCUGCCGGGACAGCAGGAAAACGAGUGAUUGCUUUUCUUUCCUCGUUUUUGGAAGCCCUGCCUGCCACACAGCUGCACCGGGCACCCCGGUUCCUCGAUGGACGAGGAAAGCCAACUGCUCCAGCCCCAAGAGCAGAGCUGCUGGGCCGCCCUGCCCGAUGUGUGCCUGCGUCGUGUCUUCUGGUGGCUGGGAGACAGGGACAGGUCCAGGGCGGCCCUUGUCUGCAGAAAGUGGAACCAGACGAUGUAUUCGGCUGACCUCUGGCGGUACAGGACCAUCACGUUCAGUGGGAGACCUUCCAGGGUACACGCCUCCGAGUUCGAGUCCGCUCUUUGGUAUGUAAAGAAAUUUGGCCGUUAUCUGGAGCACCUGGAGAUCAAAUUCCUGAAUCCUUACAAUGCCGUCUUGACCAAGAAGUUCCAGAUCACCAUGCGAGGGCUUCUCUCGUGUCUGGGCAAGAGUAACAACCGUCUGAAAUCUCUCUCCAUUCAGCACCUGGAGCUGGACCGCCUCGUCUGGAGGAACAGCAUCAGGACCUCCUUCAUCAAAAGCUUGAGCUUCUUCUUAAAGAAGACAGGCAAACACCUGGAUUAUCUCAACCUGAAGGGGGCCAGGCUGACUGUGGAGCAAGGCUGCCACGUCCUCAACUCCCUGAGCUACUUACGGAACGAGAGCAUGGCCUCGGAGCUCAACAUCGAGGACUACUUCAGCCAUCACCUGGCCAUCUACAGCAGCCCCCAGUUCAACAAGACCAUGGCCACGUUCCGCAACCUGGCGUCGCUGACCCUCAACUACAACUGCCUCUCCGACGAGCUGCUCGAGAACCUGUGUGAGAACAACGCUGGUACCCUCUGGACCAUAAACAUCAAGUGCCACAUCCACGACCCCCACGGGCAGGUCAUCUGGGGCAUGUCCUGGGCCAACCUGGCCCGGCACGCCACCAACCUGAAGGUGAACUUCUUCUUUGAGCGGGUCAUGAAGUACGAGCGCUUGGCCCGGAUCCUCUUGCAGGAGAUCCCGAUCCGGAGCAUUAGUCUGAGAAGCUGCUAUUUCAGUGACCCAGACUGGUCGAUGAGGCCCACCCUGGUGGAUCUCCUGCCCACCUUCCGGCACACCCUGCAGAAGUUAACUUUCGAGUUCAACAACAACCACGAGUCGCUCGACGACGAGCUGCACCUCCUCAUCUUGUCCUGCAGGAAGUUGUUUUACUUCAAAAUCUGGGCGUUCCUUGAUGUCAGGUUUGUGGAGCGGAUCCUGAAGAGUCAGGAAGAAGGGCAGUGUGCCCUGCGCACGCUCAAGGUGAGAAUUUAUACAAACAGAUAUGAGACAAAUGAAGAGGACAAGACCCUGCGAGAAAUUUACAGGAAGUACAGAAAGCUGAUCGAUUCAGAGCUUAACUAUUUUGUCAUCGCCUACCCCAUGAUGUGACGAGCGCCCUCCAGAGGGAGAAGGCCAGGAGCACUUUGAACCUGACCAUCCGGUUCUCCUAGAAGCACACUGGGAGCAUCCCCUACGCCCACCCCUUUUCCCUCUCUCUCCUUCUCCCCAGUUCCACACCAACAGGAAUGGCCCAGCGAAGGCUGGGACUGCUGGUGACGUGAGGGCCCCGGGUGGCUGUAAAGUGCUAUCUUUACCAACUAUCUGGGAUGAUUUCCUUUUUGUCAUUUGGUUUUGCUUUUCGACCCCCUCCCUCAGCCACAGAGCCAGAAGCCCAAGGAGGCUCAGAGCCGCAUCUUCCUGGGGGACCCUGACUCCCGCUAACCUGUGCUCCUGAAACGGGGUGACUGGCCGGGAAGCACAUAGAAAUGCUGUUUCUCCCGAUUGACAUUGUCAGUUCAGAAAGCAUUCCAUCCUGGCCAACCUUCACGGCAGAGCCUUCUGACCCCUACGUGGGCCAGGCCCGAUCUCCAGUGAAUGGGAACCUGCCAGCGUGUCCUCAAAGGGAGCAGGGAAAGUCCCACGUUUAGAAGGAGAUUGCUCCGAGCCAGAUGUCCCCCGCCAGAGGGAAUUCAGCCCCUAAUUUAUGGGUGGUGUACACGUGGAUCUCUGAGCGUGGUGCCCGGCCUGCCGUGAACGCUCGGCCUUCAGGCGUGGGCUGAACCAGGAGCGGCCCUUAUACACAUAUUUACAAGCAAUUUACAAUGUCAUGGGGAAAUGUUCCUAAUGCAGAGUUCAGUGGAAAAAGUAGGACAUAAAACUGUGUACAUAGUGUGAUAUCAAUCACGUGAAACACACACAAGGGUUUUUUUGAAAGCACAGAAGAGAUACACCAAAAAUGUGAACAGUUAUCUCUGAGUGGUGGGAUUAUGGGUGGUUUUUAUUUUCCUUUUUAUGCUUUCCCCCUAUUUCUCAAAUUUUUAUACAGUGACCAUAUGCUAUUUUUAUAAUUGAGGAAAUCUAUUGUGUUUUAAACAGGGAGUAAUUAUAAAUUCCUGAGCCCAGGCCAUAGACAUGUAUUGCUUCUGGUCUUUUGAGAUUUUUGUGCAUAUGGGGA